AAUAAAUUCUGUUUCACCGGCGGACUUCUAGAAGCGAACGUCACCUUGCCCGGGUCAGACACUAUUGGAGGAUUGUGGCCAGCUAUCUGGUCGAUGGGAAAUCUCGGACGUGCUGGCUUUGGUGCUACUUUGGAAGGCUUGUGGCCUUACAGCUAUGAUUCAUGUGACGUCGGCACCUUGCCUAACCAGACAUACCCUGGCGGAACCACUCCUCUGGCUGCAAUUCAAAACGGCGAUCCGACCUUCGAUGGGCAACUAUCACUUCUAUCCGGCCAGCGAUUGUCGGCAUGCACUUGCAAGGGAGAAUCCCACCCUGGGCCUGUGAGAGCGGAUGGCACUUACGUCGGCAGAGCAUCACCCGAAAUUGAUGUUUUCGAGGCCAUCGUUGAAGACAACGUUGGAAUGGUAUCACUGUCCGCGCAGUGGGCCCCGUAUAACGCCCAAUAUGAAUGGAAAAACACCACUGCUAACUUGAGGAUAACUGAUCCAGGUACCGUUUUGAAUCCGUACGUGGGAGGUGCGGUCCAACAGACUACAAGCGGACUUGCACACGCCAACCCAAACUGCUACGAACUGAAGAAAGGUUGCUUUAGCGUCUACGGCUUUGAAUAUGCCCCUGGAUUUGAUAAUGGAUAUAUCACUUGGAUUAAUGAUGCCAAAGUCUCGUGGACAAUCAUGUCGGCUGGCUUGGCCGGAGAUACGCGGACGGAAAUUGGUCCACGACCGGUAUCCCAAGAACCAAUGUACAUCAUCGCCAACCUUGGUAUCUCCAAAAAUUUUGGUUUCAUCGACCUUGAGAACCUCCAGUUCCCUGCCACAAUGAGCAUAGACUACAUCCGCGUUUAUCAACCUGCAAACGCGAUUAACGUUGGUUGUGAUCCUGCCAAUUUCCCGACUGCGAAAUAUAUCGAGACAUAUGCGGAAGCAUAUUCCAACUUCAACCUGACAACAUGGACCGGGGAUUUUAAACAGCCGUGGCCCAAGAAUAGUCGGGCAGGAGACUGUUAGGAGCUAGUUCAAUCUUAAUUAUUCAAUUAUCUAUUGUUUUGAACCGGUUCGUUUUUGGGGCUACAUCAUUAGCGUAGCUUUCGAAUACCUGGCAAGAUGUAUUAUCCUGUUGUAUACCC